CCGAUUUUACAGAAAAGGAAAACUGAGGCUCAGAAGAACAACAGUCUACCUCGUCAGAGAGACAUCCAACUUCAGAGCUGCGUCCUUAACCACCACCAAGCCUCUUCCCUCCUCCCCCACCUCCUGGGAUGGGACUAAGAGGAGAGAAGUGAGUCUGUGAAGUGAUAGCUGCUCCUGAGCCUGUUUUCCCAUCUGUAAAAUGGGAGGAGGGCUCAGCUGGUGGACCGUCCUGGCGAGCAGCCACGAGCAGUAGAGCCCAGGGAUGAGCGUGUCCAGGGAAGAUGUGAGCGCCGCGGGGCUCCCGCCCGCCUGCCCCUGAAGCGCGCCCCCCGCCCCGGGCCCAGCAUGCGCCUGUCGGUGCGGAGGGCGCUGCUGGCAGCCGGCCUGGCCCUGGCCCUGGUGCUGGCCGUCCACCUGGGGCAGCGGGUGCUGGAGUGCCAGGCGGUGCUGGGGGGCCCGCGGGGCCCCCGGCGGACCAUGCGGCCCGAGCAGGAGGACCUUAUGAUGGUGGGCGCGGACCACGUGGAGUACCGCUACGGCAAGGCCAUGCCGCUCAUCUUCGUCGGGGGCGUGCCCCGGAGCGGCACCACGCUGAUGCGGGCCAUGCUGGACGCGCACCCCGAGGUGCGCUGCGGCGAGGAGACCCGCAUCAUCCCGCGCGUGCUGGCCAUGCGCCAGGCCUGGUCCAAGUCGGGCCGGGAGAAGCUGCGGCUGGACGAGGCGGGCGUGACGGACGAGGUGCUGGACGCCGCCAUGCAGGCCUUCAUCCUGGAGGUGAUCGCCAAGCACGGCGAGCCGGCCCGUGUCCUCUGCAACAAGGACCCCUUCACGCUCAAGUCCUCCGUCUACCUGUCACGCCUCUUCCCCAACUCUAAGUUCCUGCUCAUGGUGCGCGACGGCCGGGCCUCAGUGCACUCCAUGAUCACCCGCAAGGUCACCAUCGCUGGCUUCGACCUCAGCAGCUACCGCGACUGCCUCACCAAGUGGAACAAGGCCAUCGAGGUGAUGUACGCGCAGUGCAUGGAGGUGGGCAAGGACAAGUGCCUGCCUGUAUACUACGAGCAGCUGGUGCUGCACCCCCGGCGCUCCCUCAAGGUCAUCCUCGACUUCCUGGGCAUCGCCUGGAGCGACGCUGUCCUGCACCACGAGGACCUCAUCGGCAAGCCGGGCGGCGUCUCCCUGUCCAAGAUUGAACGAUCCACAGACCAGGUCAUCAAGCCCGUGAACCUGGAAGCUCUCUCCAAGUGGACUGGCCACAUCCCUGGGGACGUGUUGAGGGACAUGGCCCAGAUCGCCCCCAUGCUGGCCCGGCUCGGCUAUGACCCCUAUGCAAACCCGCCCAACUACGGCAACCCCGACCCCAUUGUCAUCAACAACACACACCGGGUCUUGAAAGGGGACUAUAAAACACCAGCCAAUCUGAAAGGCUAUUUUCAGGUGAACCCGAACAGCACCUCCUCCCACCUAGGAAGCUCAUGAUUUCCAGAUCUCGGCACAUGGUUUUGUUUGCCAGAAGAGGAGAAACUUUGCAUUCGAGUGGAAAUCAGACCUCUAAUCCAAGCAUAUUGCUUGCUAUUAACCGCCAAAACAGGACUGCUCACGAGGAACGUCUUUGCAUAUAUGUUUGCAAAAGCUGUGUCAUUGGAAACUUAACCUUGAGAUACUCUGUCUUAGGACAGUCCAGGGUAGAGAGCCAAGGGUGUAAAAGUAGUCCAGCUUUUGAAACUUAGGUUAUUUUAUAUUUUUCCCCUCGAGAACUUUUUUUUUGUUUUUUAAGAAAUGGAUUUGCCAUCCUCCUCAAUUCGCAGGACUGUGGUGGCCUUGUGUGGGUCAGGGCCCCACCGCCUGUGCCUCUCCUGUUGACCCUUACUUCUGAAGUCAAAGAAUAUAUUUAAGAAUUUAAUAUAUGAGGCUUUCUUUUAUUCUUCCUUGGUUCUACUCAGUUUCACAGAGAAAAAAAUAUAUAUAUAUUAUUUGAAUAAACUGAACAGGGAUUCA